AUGACACCCUCUUGCUCUUGGCUGCCAAGCCACUCCUCCACGUUCUCAGGACCCGUAUCACCCAGCUCGCCCGCCUCAGCGCCCUCGGCUUCCUCCUCAGCUCCCGCCGCCUGGGCCACCCUGCCCUCCAGCUCACCCAUCAUCAACCACAACACCCUCUUCAGCUUCUCCACCCAACUCGCCAAGCCUCUUGACUGUCUCCCGCCGCCUACCUUACUGCCCAUUCCCUCUUCUGAUCUCCAAAUCCCCUCAGCUACCAACACCAACACCUCCACUGACAAGUUUGAAAAGAAAGAUCGUACACCUUCCUUCACAUCUCCUUCCCAUUCCUUGCCCGCACAUCCUUGCUUACUUGCUCCCCCCAUUGUUUCUCCGAAAAUUGCGACACGAACAUCUUUGGCCCCAGAGGCUUCUCCAAAAAGCGUCACCCCCCCCAGCCACCGGAACAAAGCCCUCUAUGUCUACCUCUCCUUCCAGCCAUUUGCCUAUCUGCUCCCCAGCCUCUACCUCCUUGCCCACACCCAUCCCUGA